AUGCCCCUCUCAUUCAAGGACCGCGUCCGCCGUGCUAGGACAGCCAUCAAGCUAUGGCCGCUGAAAGUUAUCGAUCGUUUCUUUGGUGACUCCUGGUCGGUAUCGACCGACGAGGACGCCGAGCGUCUGCUCCGCGAGAUCGACGAGUACACUCAACACAUCGCUGUUAAAAAGGCCAUCAAGGAACAGAGGCGGGCUUUUGAGCUCAGUCGCCCUUGGUGGGAGAGGGACGGACAAGUGUUAAAGACCUGCAAGCUCCUCCCGGUCCCCCACCGGAUGCAUAGUCCUCCUGCACACACGCAGAGGUCCCUCCAGCUCGUCUUCAAGAAGGACACCCAUACCAAGGUCGGAACCACCCACACAUUUCCUCUUCUCAUCGCCGAGGCCGAUCAGCACACCGAGCAGAUCGAGAGAUUCGGCAUCGUUCCACACAUCGUCGUCACUGCCGAGCUCCACGAUGUCAUACCGAGGACGCAUCACACACCCCUCAUGGUCCCCUGGGCGCCCCCGAACGUUCCUGGUACGACCCCUGGCGAUGUCGAUCUCGACGGACACGUCAUGCAGUGGGGUAUCAGCUUCACUCCCGACCAUGACCUGGAUGUGGCGGCGCGGGUGGCUUUCCGUUACCAAGUCCCGAUCCCUUCCCGCUUCGUGGGCACGUAUCGCAAGUGGUCGAUCAAAGAUCUGCCCCCACCUCCCGGGUCCGACUUGUCAGGGUCCUCCAGCUCGUCCACCCUCCCAGACGAUGCGAUCUUGACUCCGACCCAGGGUUCGGCGAGCCUGGAGAAUAUGAUCGUCUGCCUCGACGCCGAUGGGACUGGCGGGAAGGGAAAGGCGGAGCUUGUCGAUGACGACGAGUAA